GGGUUCACUUACGCCCAGGGCGCGCCUCGCCGGAGUUCACCGGGAGGGACGCCGGCCUCCGUCGGCAAGCCCGGGGAGAGCUCCAGCCGCACCAGAACCCGGAGCCCGCACCGCGCGCCGCCACCCGCCAUGAGCGGCCCCCUGCGGACCGGCCCGAGCAGCUGGCGGCGGGCGGCCACCGUGUUGCUGGCGGCGGGCUGGACGCGCCCGGCCCCCGCCGCCCCACUGAGGCCCCCGCCGUCCACCGAGGACUUCCGGCUGCUGCUGCUGCAGCGCUCGGCGCACCAAGGCUUCUUGCCCGGGGCGCACGUCUUCCCGGGUGGGGUGCUGGACGCGGCAGACCGCUCGGCCGAAUGGCUGCGCCUCUUCGCGCCGCACCACGGGCCGCCCCGCUUCGGCCUGGGCCCGGCGCCGCCCCGGAGCGCCACCUUCCCAGCGCUGCCCGAUCCGGGGCCCGGAGCCGCCGACGGGGACGAGGGGGCGCUGCCGGAUGACGUCGCCUUCCGCAUCUGCGCCAUCCGCGAGGCCUUCGAGGAGGCGGGCGUGCUCCUGCUGCGGCCCAGGGGCCCCGGCCCAGCGGCGCCCGAGCUGGGCCGCGCCCUGGCGCCGCCGCCGGCCCUGGACGACUGGCGCGCCCGCGUGCGCCGCGACCCGCAGCACUUCCUGCGCCUGUGCGCGCACCUCGACUGCACGCCCGACAUCUGGGCGCUGCACGAGUGGAGCGCCUGGCUCACGCCGUUCACGGGCUGGGGCGGCGGCCGCCGCUUCGAGACCACCUUCUUUCUGUGCUGCCUGCGCGAGCCGCCGCCGGUCUUCUCCGACUUGGUGGAGGUGGUGGGCUGCCAGUGGUCAUCUCCAUCAGAGGCAACUGAAAGCUUCAUAUCAAAGGAAAUUUGGUUUGCAGUCCCACAGUUCUACGAAAUAAGAAGACUAGAAAACUUUGCCUCUCUCUCUGACUUGCACAAAUUUUGUUUGGAUCGUGAAUUAGAAGGGGUGGAAAGAGUGCUGCCAAUUGUAUUAUUAACUGCUGAUGGGAUGAUCCAUCUUUUACCAGGAGAUGAGAUGUACUUAGAAGAUUCAAACUUUUUAGAAAAUCAUAUGUCCACUGAAAAAAAGAUUGAAGAAAUCAUGAAGGAAAGCAAGAAAUUUCACCGAGUAGUGUUGUACAGUCGCCAUGAUUAUAACAUCCACGUGACAGUUCAGUCAAAGUAUAAACACGUUUAUCCUAAGAACUAUGUAGUGAGUAAGAGCCGUCUGUAAAGAACAGCUUCUUUGUAAGCUGGCCUACUUGAAGCUAUUCUGAUGAAAAAUGAGGGUUGACUAGACAUGCCUGGAACUUAAGGAACUUUGUGCCUGUAAGUUCUAGUACAGUCUUUCAUAUUUCAAGUACAUUGUGGAGCUCUCUUAUUUUAUUCUUUAAACCUUACAGUAUCACACAAGUAUAAAGUAUUAAUGAUCUUGUUACCAAAACGAGAAAAAAGUUUUCACAAGGGUUUCUACUUUUGUAUUGUUAUCAAAAGUUUAAAUAAGAUGUUCUACUGUAUUGUCUUUUAACUGUAUUAGCACUCUGCCUGACAUACUAGCAGAUUGAUCCAUGAAUUCCUUAGACUUUCUGCUGGAAUUAAUUUAAGGGUGUGUGGUUAGAUGCAUGGUGAACAGUAGACUGAGGUGACCUUCAGGUGACAGUGUCAUUAUUUUCUUAUGACUUUAGCUUGAUGAUUAAGAUAUAACUCUGUUUAAAACUAAAUGGCAUGAGUUAUUAUGUUUACCAAGUUGGAAAUUAUUUUAGUGACUGUUGCAAAGAAAUGUGAAGCCAUAACAAAGGUCAUAAUUAUUUUUACCUUGGAGUGCUAGUUAACAGAAUACAAGGAGAUUAGAGAGAUGUAGAGCUAUUCAUCAUCUAAGGGUACUUAUUAAUGGUGUUUUUAAUAUGGGUAAUUUUUUCACCUCCUCUUAAGAGGAAUAAUGUUUAUUGAUUAAAGGUGAGAAAUGGGUAAGACACCAGUUCUAUUUCAGAUCUUUGACUAUAUUAUGCCUUGUACAUUGAGUUUCAUUUUUCAUGAAAUGUUCUGGUUUUCCUACCUAUAAAAUAGAGGUAUUGGUAAAUAA